AUGUUGCGAACGCUCGACAAACGACAGAAGCGAGCGGAAGUUCCGGUGUCUCCGGAGCCAGCUCCGACGGCUUUUUCUCCUUCUUCCUCACGUCCCCGACCUCCAGAGCCGACCCCUACUUCAUCAAGUAUUCCUAAUCCUAGACGAUCUGUAAACUAUGUACCUCCUACUCACAUUCCUAAUAGAUCCAAAUCUUCAACAAGUGCUCCCAAACAAACUACGUCCACUCCAUCUUCUUCUUCCACUUCCACUGCCCAUGGAGGCAUCGUUCUCUUGUCGUCACGUCCGAUUUCCGCGCGUGAACCGUCGGAAUCUCAACGAACUAGAACGUACCAAAGCGUGAAGCCACGUGGCAGUGAAAAAAGUGAGUUUUCGAAUCGCUCCGUUUAUUUUGAAUAUUUACCAAAGCGCAGGAACAAAACAACAUCGCUCAAAGGUAAACACUCUAGAAUUAGACAUUUCGCAACCGGAAAACAAUCUGGAACCAUCUUUCAGAAAUGGAUACCGCGUGCAGCGGAACGUCGGAUUUUGGCCGUGUUGUGUGGAUCACGGAGCCGCUGGAGGGAUUCGUGGCCGCCCGAAUUUCGGAUAUCUCGCAUGACGGACUCACUCUUUCGACGCUUUCCGGCAACGAACAAGUCGUUCGUCGCUACGACGAGACGUUCGCGUGUGAGGAGGACUCGCAGAAGUCGGUCGAGGACAACUGUGCUCUGAUGCACCUCAACGAGGCGACUCUCCUCAACAACUGCAGAAUCCGCUACUCGAAUGGAAAGAUCUAUGUGAGCUCAGAAUCCGACUCUGGUUUAUCUAAACUCAUGUUUUCAGUCGUACGUCGCCAACAUUCUCAUCUCCAUCAAUCCCUACCAGCACAUCGAGGGCUUCUACUCGUCGGACACCAUCAAAGCGUACCGCGGAAAGUCGCUUGGACAGAAGGAGCCGCAUAUCUUCGCCAUUGCCGACAAGGCCUAUCGGGAGAUGCGUCGCCAUAAAGCCUCGCAGUCGAUCAUCGUGUCCGGAGAGUCGGGAGCCGGAAAGACCGAGUCGCAGAAAGCGGUGCUCAGAUAUUUGUGCGAGAACUGGGGAGCCGAGGCGGGACCCAUUCAGCAGAGACUUCUCGAGACCAACCCGAUCCUGGAGGCGUUCGGAAAUGCGAAGACGCUGAGGAACAACAACUCGAGCAGAUUCGGGAAGUUUGUGCAGAUCCACUUUGCUGAAAACGUAAGAAUAGAGAAUGCUCUGAAUGCUGCAACAAAUAUUUGAAUUCAGGGAAGCGUCGCCGGCGGUUUCGUGUCGCAUUACUUGCUGGAGACGUCGAGAGUAUGCCGUCAGACUUCCGGAGAGCGCAACUACCACAUCUUCUACCAGCUCAUCGCCGGAUCUUCCCCUGAAUUCUACAAGCACCUCGCUCUUUCCCCGCCCCACACCUUCAACUAUCUGAAACAUGGAUCCACUGGAUUCUUUGCUCAUUUCAACUCGAGUUCCGCUGCCAAAGUGGCCAAAGACCGAUUCUCGGAGGCAAAGUUCUCGAACGAUUCGAUGGUCGACGAUUGGUCGGACUUCCAAAGACUUGAGAAGGCGCUGAGCUCAUCUGGAAUCGGUUCCGAAGAGCAGAAGUUCAUCUGGUCGACAGUAGCCGGAAUCCUUCAUCUCGGCAACGUCGAAUUCGAGGAGAAUGCGAACGAUUCGCGAGGAGGAUGCAAAGUGACUGCGGAGACGGAACUCUCAUUGGCCCACGCGGCACGUCUUCUCGGCCUGGAACCGGAUGAAAUGAAGAUGGGAUUGUGUGCCAGGAUCAUGCAGGCGACGAAGGGAGGCGUGAAGGGAACUCUGAUCAGAGUGCCACUGAAGGCUCACGAGGCGGCCGCCGGAAGAGAUGCUCUCGGCAAGGCGAUCUACUCAAAACUGUUCGAUUGGCUCGUGGCGCAGGUCAACAAGAGCAUUCCGUUCGAGAAGAGCUCUGGAUACAUCGGAGUGCUCGACGUCGCCGGCUUCGAAUUCUUCGCCGUCAACUCGUUCGAGCAGUUCUGUAUCAACUUCUGCAACGAAAAACUGCAGCACUUCUUCAACGAACGCAUUCUGAAGCAGGAGCAGGAGUUGUACGCCGCCGAAGGACUGAAUGUCCAGAAGAUUGAGUUCACCGACAAUCAGGACUGCAUCGAUCUGUUCGAGACGAAAGCCUCCGGACUCUUCGAUCUUCUGGAUGAGGAAGCGAAGUUGCCUCGUCCGACAUUCCAGCACUUCACCCAAAGAGCCCACGAAUCGAACAAGAAGCACUUCCGACUCGACACUCCGCGCAAAUCAAAAGUGAAGGCGCACCGAGAGAUGCGUGACGACGAGGGACUGCUCAUCCGACAUUACGCGGGAUCCGUGUGCUAUGAGACGAAGUUCUUUGUCGAAAAGAACAACGAUCAGCUGCACAAUUCGCUGGAGAUUCUCAUCGAGCAAUCCUCGUAAGUUUUAAAUAUAACUCGGAAAUCUUUUGUAUGAAAGUGUUCCAGGUUCCCACUUGUCGUCUCUCUCUUCACAAAUGAGCCCAGCGGAGCAGUCAAGACUGGCGGGAAACUGAAGGCGGUGAGCGUCGGAGCCAAGUUCAAGUCGCAGCUGUCGGCUCUUCUGGAGAAGCUCCACCACACGGGCACUCACUUUGUCCGUUGCGUCAAACCAAACAACCAGAUGAAGCCGUGGACGUUCGACGGAGCCGCCAUCCUCAGUCAGUUGCAGUGCGCCGGCAUGGCUUCGGUGCUCCGUCUGAUGCAGGAGGGAUUCCCCAGUAGGACCUCGUUCGCCGACCUGUACGCAAUGUACGAGAAGCGUCUGCCGCCGAACCUCGCCCGUCUCGACGCGCGCCUCUUCUCGAAAUGUCUCUUCCGAGCACUGGGACUCGAUCAGAACGACUAUCAGUUCGGACUGACGAAGGUGUUCUUCGCCGCCGGAAAGUUUGCCGAGUUUGAUCAGAUGAUGAGACAGGAUCCGGAGACGAUGAUGGAGUUGAUUGCGAAAGUGAACGGAUGGCUGAUCAAGGCGAGAUGGAGGAAGGCGCAGUACGGAGUGUGGAGUGCCAUCAAGUGUGAGUUUAUGAGAUUGACACAAGAGAUGACUCGAAUUGUUUCAGUAAAGAACAAAAUCGCCUACCGUACCAAUGCCAUCAAGAAGAUCCAGGCGUGGACCCGCGGAUACCUUGUUCGCAAACGUUUCCAGAAGCGUCUGGCCGUCUUCCGCAAAGCGUGCGCCCUUCUGGAACAGUCGAAGGAGAUGACUGAUGUCAGAGCUUAAUAAUCCUAUUCGACCAUACUUAUAUUUUUCACUUCCAGAUUCUCGGUCGUCUCACUGAAGCGAGUCAGAAUAAGUGGAGACAGUCUGCGGACGGAACGACUCGGGACCUCGAAGCCCUCGUCGUCAAGAUCAAGAACGGAGAAUCGGUGGGAGAGGUCGAACAGGCUGGUAAGGUGUACGAACAGUGUGUGAAACGGGUCGACUCGAUGAUCGCCGACCUGAAGAAUCAGUUGAAGAACGACGAACUGGCGGAGAUGGAGCGUCGGCGGCGUGAUGCCGAAGAGAAAGAACGUCGCAAGCAGGAGGAACGGGCGGCCGCCGAGCGGGAGAGACAGGCGCGCCGGAAGAUGGAAGAGGAUCGGGAGAAGGCGCAGAAGGCGUAUGAGGCGCAGUUGGUGGCUCAGAAGCUGAAAGAGUCGGAGGACAGGGAGGAGGAGCGGAAGAAAGUGGAGAAGGAGGAGAGGGAGCGUCUCGAUGCGAUGGUCUCCAGCCGUCUCGCCACUUCGGACGGCGUGGCUCUUGUGGCGGAAGCUGCUCCUGCUCCCACUUCGACCGGAGCCAAACGCGGAAAGUACGAUCUGACCAACUGGAAGUACGCCGAUCUUCGCGAUGCCAUCAACACCAGCAUGGGUAUCUGAAGAUUAUCUGAAUCCUUCCCAAAAUCUCUUUUUCUUUUAGACAUGGAACUGUUGGUGGCGUGCAAAGAGGAAUUCCACCGUCGUCUGCGCAUCUACAACGAGUGGAAAUCUCGGAAUUCGGCUCAACGCGAUGUCCCGCCGACUCGUGCUCCAUUGGCCGUUUUCAGUCAGCGUAAGGGUUCUGAAUAACGUUUUCUUAUCAAUUCGAAGAGUUCAGAGUCGGCCGUGCCAAGUGCUCCGAUCGUUGCCACGGGCUCUUCGAGUUCUCCGCCCGUUCAGCGCUUCUUCAAAGUUUCCUUCGCCGCCGGAAAGGGACAAAAGCGUGAGUUCCUGUUUUGUUCAAAAUACCAUUUACUAUAUUCAGACACUGUCCCGCAGAACGGAAUGUGGUACGCGCACUUCAACGGCCAGUACAUUCAGCGUCAACUGACGCUCCGCCCGUCUCAGAUGCCGCAGCUACUCGUCGCCGGACGCGAUGAUCUGAAGAUGUGCGAAGUGUCGCUGGACGAGACAGGAUUGCUCAGAAAGAAGGGAGCCGAGAUCACGGCAAACGAGUUUGAGGCGCAAUGGCUACAUUACGGAGGAGGACACUAG